UAGUUCAUCUUUGCGUCAGAGCAGUCCCCACAGCGCGUCCUGCUGAGCGCAGCGGCGAAUGGGCGGUCACUAGCCGUCCGUAUGACGUCAGCUCAGAAGGGAAUUCAGUCCUCUAUAAAAACCGGCUGUUCUCAAUGCUGGAGUUACUGAGAGCACAGCCGCUGCUAUCAAACACAGGACGUCUCGAAAACGGUCUAUUUCAACCGCCAUGUCUUCAUACGCGUCUUCAGACUCUCGUCGCGUCAGUCCCGCCGUGAACGGCGUCAAAUUCGACACGGCUCACCGCAAGAAAGCCUCGCCGAACAUCUUCGAGAACGUCAACCAGGACGUCCUGGUGAAACUCUUCGAGAAAGCCGGAGACCUGAAGGCGGCGGAGAGAGCCAGGAGCAUCCUCGCGCUGCACCAGGAUCCCGAGGGCGUCUCCAGAGCGCUCAUGGCUCUUCAGCGGGACAAGAAAGACACGUGUCUGCUCAUCACCGGACUGACGCGCCAGGCGCUCAAGUUUCGUUGAGGGAAGGUUUCGUUGGGAAGCUGUGCAGAGAGUCAUGUUGGUGUGCUGUGAGAACACAGAGAGAGGAGACUGAACUGAUCCAGUUCAAAAGUUGAGCUUGAAGACACCUGAGUAUUGCUGCUUCUUAACACCUUGGAGAACACUUGAAAUAUGGACUGAUGCCAAAGGGUGAAAUUUGCUUAUGAAGAGGUUCGGGUUCUAUUGUCUGAAUUGCCAUGUUACGGUCUGCUAAAAAAAAUUAAAAAAAAAAAAAACUAAUAA